AACAGGAGACUUUAGCUUGUGAUGGUGCUUGGAUGGAGCUUCUACGCAACCCUCUCGGGGGCUUUCCUUCUCAUCCAUGCUUUCCCCCACACCAAUAUCAAAAUCAGUCAAGCUUUGCCAGAGCCAAUUCUAUCUUACUCUUGCCCUCUCUUCUGGACCGAAUAUGAAGGAUACUGUUACAGAUACUUCCCCAUCAACAAAACAUGGGCUGAGGCAGAUUUAUACUGUGCUGAGUUUUCCAUUGGUCUCAAAUCUGCCAAGCUGGCUUCCAUUCACAGCUGGGAAGAGAAUGUAUUCGUGUAUGACCUGGUAAACAGCCGAGUGCCUGGAAUAGCCACGGAUAUCUGGAUGGGGCUGAAUGAUCUGAGACAGGAAAGCAAUUUUGAAUGGACAGAUGGCUCAUCCUAUGAUUAUAACUACUGGGAUGGCAACCAGCCAGAUGACGGGAUCCAUUCUAAACCAGAGGAAGAAGACUGUGUGCAGAUCUGGUACAGAUACAGCAGUGCUUUGCGAUCAUGGAACGAUAACAGCUGCCACAGAGAAUUCCCAUUUGUAUGCAAGAUUCCCUCCCUGGCUGCUGAUUAGCCCUCUCUCAGAAUCACAGCAGCCACCAAACUUCUCGACUGUCAGGAUGGAGAGAAAUUGAUGUACCAGACAGCAUUUCAACAGUUCCAAAUUAAAAAAGAAAAAAAUGUGCUUCUGCAGCUGACCAAUUUAAUUUGAAUUCUCUACCUAGCCAUACCCAGAGCUAUUUGCAUUCUGCACAGCUGUGAUUAAGCUUCAGGUCCAACCCGAAAUCCUACUGUUCUGUUGAUUGGGAGGCAGGGGGACUGAAUCCUAGUAGAAUACUUCUCCCCAGCACAUAGCAAAUUUUCCAAGGAGACUCCAGACUCCAGAGAACAAUCAUAAUUUGAAUUUCCCAGCAUACACCACCAGUAAGCCUAGGAUUGCCAACCUCCAGGUGGGAUCUGGAGAUCUCCUGGAUUUACAUCUGAUCUCCAGAGACUACAGAGAUCAGAUCCCCUGGAGAAAAUGGCUGCUUUGAAGGAUGGACUCUAUCCCACUGAGGUCCCUCACCAAACUGCACCCUUCCCAGGCUCCUCCCACAAAUCUCCAGGAAUUUCCCAACGAGGAGUCCUAGCAUAGAUGCGCAAAGAACAGAGCAAUCUAAAAUAGUAUUGACCAAACAGACCUCAGGCUAGGAGCAGACCAAAGAACAGAUGAAGAUAGAAACCCUUAGUUAAAAGCCUGGAUAAGAAGAAAUUUUUGACCUGGUUCCUAAAGAAGAGCUUCAAGACUCAAACGGAGAAGUGGCUGUUGUACCUACAACUGAUGACAGGGGCACCAAGGCACAGUUGGCCCUGAUGAACUAGCAGGGUGAAUCUUUUGAGCCAUCUUCAGCGACUGAUACUUGCCCAUCAAACCAAUGCUUCCAUUUGCCAGCCACAGCAAAUAAGCCACUGUCUCUAAUACAAUCAGGCCAUCUUAGACUGGAAAUUGUUUAGACAGAUAGAUAAAGCAUGUUGAGAAGUUAGAAGGAGGGCAUGGCAGUUACCACUGGCUUAAUCUCUUUAAGGUAUAUCAGCAGGCCACGUGGAAAAUUGGGCAUCCUGCAGACAGUUGGAUCAGCCUCCCCCAUUUAGAAAAGAACUGUCUUCAUACCAGUCUGGCACAGCACUAAAGCCCAAAAGUUGCUGCUGUUUUUAGGGCUGAUUCAUAGCCAAGCACAUGAUUCAUAGCCAAGCACUGGGUCUCUUGGCACGCUGAAACUGAAAGGUGACGUGUAAACGGUGAAGUCUUCCUUUUCACACAGAGGUUGGGGCAGAAAGAGUUUAGGUGCUGUGUCAAGAGAAAAUCACAGCCUAAAUGACUGAGACAUGAAUGUGGUUGGGUGUGUGGUCACCCGGCGGCAACGCUGCAUAAGACUGAGCUGUAAACUCUUGUUUAUUAAAUAUUUAUGGAGUUUAUUAGUAACACUAAAUGCAAUAUCACUAUUUCCCACCAUUUUGUCCCUACCCCUUGCCAUCCUGAGACUUGUAGCUAUGGGCUAAAUGCAACUUUAAGUGAUUUUUUUUGGUAACUGAAAACAGUAGCCUUGUUAAAGUGAGGGAGAAAAGGGGGUUGUUAUAGAUAUAGCUAGAAAUAUAGACGUGUUUCUGGAUCUGACUCAGUAAGUCAUAGAUGUUUUUGCAUGCAGAAACAAGGCCAGCCCAGCCCCACAAGAUGGGAGUUUAGAAACCUAGAACAGAACAACUGUGGAGAGAGGUAUGAAAGAGAAGAGUAACACAGUUGUACGGCCUUGUAUAGAUGAGAAGGGCCAUCUAACCCGUAUCAAUAGAUACAGUAUGUUGAGGCCCAGGUGCAGAGAGUGUCUGACAAUUAUAGGAAUGUCUAACUUCACAGAACUUGGAGAUAUAAUUCAAGGAUGGGUCUAUUGGUUGUGGGCCAAAAGAUAUUCAUAUGUAUGAGAAACUUGUACUCACUAAUUUUCCAUAGACUUUGUUAAGAUAAAAUGUAACAAGAAUGAACUAACCAUUUUUGUAUAUUUUAAGAAGAUAUAGAUACUUAUUUGGUGUUUCAAGUUACAAGAUAAUUAGUUAGCCAAGAAUGUGAGCCCUUUGAAGUGGGACAGUUAGUUAUUGUUAGGAGAUGGUUUCGAAACCCUAUAAAUAUGAGAAGCUGAACUGAUCGGAAGGUUUUUCCUAGAAGGGGCUCCUUGCCUGUGGCCUGGUUAUCUUUAGGUAAAAUACUUUCUUGGGCCGAAUCCACACUUCCCUACCUUCCGGUUUUCCUGUGCAUUUAUUGCACUGGAUUCUAUCCCGCAAUGUCCCAGGCUGUGCUCACAUUCCCUUUCUUACUGAGUCAGCGUUGCACUAUGCUUUGUUCACAUCCCUGGGAGAAAAGUGGGAUAAGGGGCGGGUCUAGAUCUGCCGUCGCUGAUGACAACAUGAUGGGUUUUUUUAAUUUAAUGAGAGAUUUCCCCUAUAUCAAUUUUCCGCUGUAUUGCAAAGACAUUCAUAGACAACUGAGACCGAAGUAGCAUUUUCUGUUAGUCAGAGAGCCCCAGGAGAGCACAAUGGGUCACUGAAAAAGACUGCGGACAUUGGUGGGACACAGGUGUUAACAUGGCCAAUUACAACAGACUACCGCUCAACUACAUUUAUAGGAUAGCGAUUUUUCGCUAUACUGAUCAUUUUAAAUUAAAAAAAAAACCACCUGGAAAGUGUCACCCUUUGCAGCCACAGUCCGCUUAUUGGAAAUUACCUAAGCUGUCCUUCGGCAGUAAAACAUUAUUCACUGUAAUAAAAAUGACACACACACCCCUUGAUGCCUCCACAGGCUUUUUACAAUGCCACUUCCCAAACUGCUUGGGAAUUGAAGUGGGAUUGCGCAAUAGCGCUAGGAAAGCACCCUUUAAAAAAAAAAAAACUGGACGGGGGUGUGGGCAUGCCUCGGACAGAGUUGGGACCACAAGAAGUGCUUGGCAAAGAGGGAUGGUGUUCCGGAAAGGCAAGAAACAAAGCAGUGGGGGUGGUUGAGAGGGGGCUGUCUCUUUGUGAACCGCUUCUAUUUGUUCAGAUCCAUGGUGAGAACUGCGCAAGAGAAGCGUUGGAAAGCAUGACAAACUCAUCCGAGGCACAGUGCAACAGAUGCGAAAGAAUGGCGGGAUUGAGGUGAGAGUAUGUGAACAGCCCUCUGAGAAGCGCAUAAAUGGCGUGAAAAUAGCAGCAAACUUGAGACGUGUGGAUUUGGCCUUGGUCUCGUAAUAGCUGUCCUUUAAAGAUUUAUGUAGUUAUAAAGGAUGAUAUGAUGUUCUGUUGACUGAGCUCACAUAAAGGAUGCUGAAUAACCAUGUUUUAAUAAUAAAAGCUUAGGAUGGAAACACA